AUGGCCGAUAUAGUGUAUUCAUAAUAUGCGGAGGAAUAAGCACGUGCCAACCCACAACAUACAGACGCCUUACUUUCGUUUUGUUGAAUGAAUGAUGGUGAUAUUAAAGGCGGACUGAAGUUUAUACGGUUCAUUAAUUAAAGUGGAUAUUUGAAAAUACCCUAUGUGGGAAAACUUUUAAUUAUCAAUGUUUGUGUAAUAUUACAUAUAGGAUCAUACAGUGUAUAACAUGCUUUGAUUUAAACAUGUUGUCCUGGAUUGGUGACAAAAGUAUUUACUGACAGUGUAGGUGAUAUAUUUAUAAAAUCAGUAAGAAAUAGAGGGACUGUUUAUAUCAGUGACGUUGAGAUUAUUUAUCUGUGGUAAAUUUUUUUAAUUUGUGGUAAUUUUAGUAACAGUCCUCAUCAUGAUAAUAUAACAACUAGCUUAUAUAGACCUGUAUGCUGUAAAUGUGUCCAAAAAUGAGUACACACAUAUUAGUGACAAUUAAGAUACAAUAUUUUAUUUAAUUGUGUCUGAAAAAGAGUACACAUAUAUUAGUGAAAAUUUAGAUACAAUAUUUAAUUUUUGGAUUAAUAUUUCACAACAUUAUUUGAGUACAUUAGCUGUUAUCUGAUAGUAUAAGCUAGAUUUAAAACAGAAAAUGCCUCUAAGAACGCCGGAACAAAGUCUCGAGAAAGCUGGAGAGUCAUCACCGCUACUGUCAAGCGGGUCACCGAUAGAGAAUGAAACCGCGAUAGGUGACUUGCAGCCAGAAGAUUCUGUGAAUACAGUGCCAGCUGAUAGACAGAUAUCAUGUCCUGAUGAAUCAAGCAAGAAGGAUAUGGAGUACCAUUUACUGACAGCUUCUGGGAGUCAUAUUGUAGUGAAAUCUGAUAUACCUACAGAUGCUUUAGGAGCAACAACAACAAAUAUGGAGUGUCUGAUGCAUCUGCUAAAAGGAAUGAUAGGCACUGGAAUACUUGCUAUGCCAGUUGCAUACAAAAAUGGAGGACUUUUGGCUAUCUGGCAAAAAUGUAUCAUGCAAUCCAUUGCAUUGUUUAUGAUGCCAGUAUCUGGCAAAAAUGUGAGUCUGGCAGUUGUGUCUAUUAUUGGUAUCAUUUGUACACACUGUAUGCAUAUACUGGUACUGUCUGGUAAUGAGCUUUGUAGGAGAACCCAAAACUCUCAUUUAGACUAUGCCAGUGUGAUGGAAAAGGCAUUUGAAACCAGAGAAGAUAGGUUGAAAAAUUGGAGUAAAUUUGCAAGAAAUCUUGUAAAUGCCUUCUUGAUCAUCACUCAGUAUGGCUUUUGUUGUGUUUACACAGUGUUUGUUGCUCAAAACAUAAAACAAGUUGCUGAGUAUAAAGAUACUCAAUCACUACAUGCACUAGAUCCGAAGAUAUACAUCAUCAUCGUAUCAGCAUUCCUUAUACCAUAUGUGAUGGUGAAAAGUUUGAAAGCUCUUGCACCAUUCUCGACCUUCGCUAACUUGCUCAACUUUGUAGGACUAACAUUGAUCAUUGUCAACUUACUACAGGGACUUCAUGAUAUAAAAGAACGGGCUUCUGUUGGAGAACUGAAAACAAUUCCCUUGUUCUUCGGUCAGGCAAUAUUUGCAUUUGAAGGAAUAGGACUGGUCCUUCCAUUACACAAUAAGAUGGCAGACAAACCAGCAUUUCUGGGAAAAGCUGGAGUAUUGAAUCUAGGGCUAACAAUAACAAUUGCACUAUAUAAUGCUGUGGGUUUCUAUGGUUACCUGAAGUUUGGAGAUGAAACAAGAGGCAGUGUAACCUUAAAUUUACCCAAUGAUGAUUGGUUGUAUUUAUCAGUGAAGCUGAUGUUUGCAGUAUCAUUGUUUAUCUCUUACGGUCUACAGUUCUAUGUACCUAUCAACAUUAUAUGGCCAUUUAUAUUGGAGAAAGCGGAACAAAGAGGAAAAGAAGUGCCAAAAAUUGCUGAAUAUUUUUUUCGAAUCGGUUUAGUUGUUUUCACAUGUGGAUUAUCUGCUCUUGUACCACAUCUUGAUCUUCUGAUAUCACUUAUAGGAGCAUUUGCCAGCUCAUUCCUGGCUCUGAUUCUUCCAGCAGUCAUAGAUCUGGUCACAUUUCCAGCCAAUAAACUUAUAUGUUUUAAAAACUGGUUCAUUAUAGUGAUGGGCCUGGUUGGAUUUGCCACAGGCACUUAUUCCUCACUUGUUGAAAUAGCUAAAACAUUUUAAUCUUUUACCUGCUCUGAUUUUAGUUAUAACGGACUUCUACUACUUUGAUUUUGCCGCGCAAUUUGUGUUGCUAAUGUUGAAGGACAUUCCAAUAUUGAAACCAUACGCUUUGUGUAAUGUGGUGACGAACCAGUUGUAAAAUAUUCAGGGAUAUUAUGAUCUUAUUCACCGAAACAAGCAACUAUUUGUCAUAUAUCCAGAGUCUAAUAAGAUUACACUGUUAUAUAAACUUGCCAGAUUCUGUACCAGGUAGCAUAUUGAUCUUGCUAAUAUUGUUGUUACUGCUUAAGAUCUCGCUUGUAUUCCAUUUCAUAUGUACUUUAUAAUGCUGAAUAACUUUAUUAUUGCUGUGCUAAGGUUUACAUAUCUUUCUUAGACUAGAUAUGAAUAUUUUACCAUAUGUUGACCAUGAAAAUUGUUUUAGUUUAUAACAUUAUAUAUUGUGUAUGUUAUUGCAUGUUAUCUAUUUUAUGCCACACUUUUAUAUUUUUAUAUAGUAGAGUUAUUUUUACCCAUGUCUUAUGUAAGAUAUCUAAGGAGACUCCACUGCCUUGUCGAGACUGAAAAUAUUUUUCCGAGAUUUGUGUACCAUUUGAUGAUGGUCUGAACCAAUAACUUGUGUGCUAAAUUUCAGGUCAUUCCCUUACCCUGUGUUUCCACAAUAAUCAUUUUAAUUGCGCAAAUUGACCCAAACAUUGAAAGCGUUGCAACUCUUUUCACUCCAAUUUUGCUAAAAGUCUUGCAAAAAAAACUUGAUGUUCAAUUUAAUUCUUAUUAUAUUUCUUUGUUCUCCUUAGCAUAAAUUUCCAUUUUAAGUGCUUCAUUUGAUAUUUUUCAGAUUUUCAAAUUUUUUGUUGUUAGGCCUUUUGACCUCAGUGGAGUUCCUUUAAAUUAACAAAGUAAUGUUUUAGAGCUAUAGGUGUGUGGAGAAUGACACUUUUAUUUAGCUUGACUGUAACUGGUAAAAUGUCUGUGAUAUAAAAUUAUUUUAGUGAUAACGUUAUCAUGCCUAUACUGUAGCAAUUAAUUUGAAUUUGUGAAUGAGUCAUUUUUGUUUUACUUUAAAUUUGCUUUUUGUUUAGAAUGAUUUAUAUAAAAACUGGACAAUAUUUAUAAAGCUGUAUUAAAAGUUGUUAGAUAACGAUGAUUACUUUGCACAUGACAUGUAGAAAGUUGAUAUUUUCCUAACUGAUAAAAUAGGUAAAAAUUCCCAAUUAAACCUUGAAAAUGUGAAUCUUAAUCUUAUCCCAAUUAGCUAGACUAUAUGCUUGCUUAUGAAAACCACAAUCUUUUAUGCUUAUUUUCAUCAGGCUAAAACUAAUUGUUUUAAAAUGUUUUGUUAAAAUUUCCCAAUUUAACUGGUUACUUAAUGAUAUUUUCCAAAUUUUGAAGGUACAUGCAUUUUAGAGAAAAAGAAAGUAAAAAAAAAAUCACUUGAUGUACAAGUUUAAAUUCUUCUUUACACAUCUUUUACGUUAUUGUUGAUGAGCGUAUAUGAACAUGACUUCUAUGUUGCAAUUUGUCUUUACACUUUCUUUGCUUGACAAAUGUUUACACUUAUAUUAAAUUGUAUAGUUGUUACAUAUUGAAUAUAUUUCACCAUAUAAAUUCCUUGUAUAUUAUUUAUAUUAUCUUAAAUACUGCAUGACAUGUUAAAAACUUACAGUGUUACUAGUAAUUGUUAUUUGAGCCGUGCCAUGACAAAACCAACAUAAUGGGUUUGCGACCAGCAUGGAUCCAGACCAGCCUGCGCAUCCGCGCAGUCUGAUCAGGAUCCAUACUGUUCGCUAUCAGUGUCUCUACUUGUUAUAGGGUUUGUGAGCGAAAAGCAUGGAUCCUGAUCAGUCUGCGCGGAUGCGCAGCUCAUUUAUAGAGAUAUAAGAAAUAUACAUUCUUCAUCAGUUGUUAUAUUUUAAGCUCCCCAAAAGGUGAGCAUAAUAUACACCACCUUGUUAAUCAGUAGGUCACACAGGUCACUGUCCUCAAGGUCACCUUUGCAGAAAAUAAAUUAUACAGUAAAAACUCGCUAAUGAGACCAAUGAAGGGACUUUACAAAUCUGGUCUUAAUAGCGGGUUGGUCUCAUUAAUGAGUUUGGUCAAACAGAAAAUCAGGCAAUAUAUGUACUUACUUACACAGCCUUUAUUUAUUGACCGAUUUGCAUAGAAAUACCUUGACAAAUUUGCAGUAUUUUGAAGCAUCUGUCAGCUUUAGUGAUAUUCUUUUUGUUAUAUAAUAUACCAAACUGUGAUAUCUUGAUUCUGAUAUUUUAUGGGUAAAUGUAGAUUGUUUGAUAUGGACAUUUAUUCUGAUAUUAAUUUGCAUACAUUUUCUUUUAUGAUUCAACAAAGUAACACAUUUGAGCCGCGUCAUGACAAAACCAACGUAAUGCAUUUGCGACCAGCAUGGAUCCAGACCAGCCUGCGCAUCCGCGCCGUCUGAUCAGGAUCCAUGCUGUUCGCUUACCAACUCUUUUACAAGUAGAGAAACUGAUAGCGAACAGCAUGGAUCCUGAUCAGACUGCGCGGAUGGCAGGCUGGUCUGGAUCCAUGCUGGUCGCAAACGCACUAUGUUGGUUUUGUCGUGACGCGUCUCAAAUGUUAAAUACAUUUCGAUGAAUUCCACAUAUCAAUUCUUUCAACUUGACAUAUUGACCUUUGGUAUCUGCUUAAAUUUAGACAUGUAAAUAUUAUGUUAUGACAUGUUUGGCUGUUAAUAACUUUUAUUAAGAUCAACUUUCUGGAGAAUCUCAUUGAUAGGCGGAAGUGAAAAUGCUAUUUAAAGCAAAAAUGCUAUUAUAUGGGUUUUUGCACCUAAAAAUAGGUACAUUUUAUUUGUGUAGAUACCUGAAAUACUGCUCAAAUGAAUUCAUACCACACUUUUCUACCUUUCAAUAUAUUUGAUUUACCUUUUAUGCAAGCUUGUCAUUAUGUUUCUCUUAGUUUUAACAUGGUCUUUUGUAGCUCACCUUAGCACAAGGUGCUGAAAGUGAUCACCUUUUUUCUGUUAUUAUAACUCCACACUUUGUUUGGUGUUGAAGAUACUAUUUGUAUCCCUGUAAGUAGUUAGUAUUGUCAAAUAAUCUCUUUCAGUAUAGAGAUUAUUUAGAGCAUUUUUAAGAAUAUAUAUUAAAAAUUGCCAUUAUAUGUAAACAUUCUUUAAUUAUCAUUGAUAUUUUUUGCGUUUUACUAGGUAACAAUGAUAUUUUAGUAGUUUAUAUGAAGCAUUCAAUGAUAAAUUAAAGAUUAAACUGUUGAUAUUA